GGCACUUGCUUGUUUCAAGUCACUCAAAACACUUGAAUAGGCCCGAGCUCUCAUGUCUGUCGGUAUUUGUAUAUUGUGUCGUCAACCAAGAUGACGAGUCAGUCAGUCAGUGAUCCAUUGUACAGUCAGUACACAUCCAGUCACAGAAUACACUGCUCGUUCUCUCUCCUUCGUUCCCCCUCCGGAUGCACCACUACUCAACGUGACUGUGUUGAGGCGGCGUGCAUCCGGAUGGGGAACUCAGAAAAGGCAACGAAGCAAUCCGCAGACAAGGGGUCAACUCACGUCACCACGACGCGUCAGUCAUGUCGCCUCGCCAACCCGUCGACCGACCAGCUGAAAGCCAUCCGGCCAUCUCACUGACUGGAGCCACAGCCAACCGUCUCCCUCCCUCUCUCUCUCUCUCCCCUCCGAGCCCUCCCUCCCUCCCCUUGGCACCUGCCUGCCUGCCUGCCUAUCGCGCUGCGUUCCUCUUCCUGCACUGCGCCCAGUAUGCACUCCGGUCGCCCCGCCCGCCCGCAAUGCCAUAUCGCAUGUUGAGCCGGCCACACAGGGGGCGCCGCACAAUGAGCGACGACGGCCGCUUGGGGCACCUGGUCUUCUCCCAUAUGCACACGCCCCACAGGCUCUUGCGCGGCUUGUGGUUCUCGGCCCCAUUGCCGCCGCCGUGGGGGUGGUUGGAUGGGUUCAUGGCCACCCCCCGAACCUCUGGCCUUCGACCCAGGUGGCGGUUGGUGCCUGCCUUGCCGAGGAUGGUCAUGCUGCGGAGGACAUUGGAGACCUGGCCGACGGUCGCCCAGCAGUCCAGGGGGAACUUGCGGAUCUCCGUCGACAUGAGCUUGAUGGUGGCGUGCUGGUCGUCCUUGCUCAAAAUGGUCGCGCACGCACCCGCCGCGCGGAUGAACUGCCCCCCGCAGCCCGGCCUGAUCUCCAGGUUGUGGAUGAUAGUCCCCACGGGGAUCUUCCUCAGCGGCAGGCAGUUGCCCGGGCCGAUGUUGGCGUUCUCGGACGACAGCAGCCGGUCGCCGGGACGGAUGGCUCGGGGGGCGAUGAUGUAGGACAGGACGCCGUCCUCGUACUGCACCAGAGCCACGUGCGCGCCUCGGUCGGGCGAGUGCUCGAUGCGCAGCACGGUGCAGUAGAUGUCCCGACGGGCUCGCUUGAAGUCGACGAAGCGGAUGCGCAUGGGAUGUCCGCCGCCGCGGUGCCUCGUGGUGAUCUGGCCUGUCUCAUUCCGCCCCGAGUGCUUGAGCCGCCGCCACGACAGCUUCUCCAUCACACGGCCCUGAAAGAGCCUCUGAGGGUUGCCCUCGAGCAGGCGCAAGAUCUUGGUCUGCUUGGCCAUCGUGAAGGCGUUGACCACGUGUGGCUGCGGGAGGGGCUUCUUGGGGAAGCCCGUCUCGAAGUCAAUGAAGGGGGCGUGGUUGCGCUUGAUGUUGGGCGCGUAGAUGUGCGCAUGGCGAACGGAAUGGCACCUCCACGCAGCUGAGGGGCACGGCGCAGGGAGGGAGGCAGAUGAAGGGGUGAGAAGGGACGCUGCAGCCCUUGCGGACGUGCCGGCUAGCCGAAAAGAGCGGGACGUCAGCAUUUUUUGCCUCGGCUCAGCUCAGAGCUUCU